CUUCCAAUAUCCCAAUUGCGUUACCAAUAUUCAAAAAUGGCGGGAAACGCGAACUUCCUGUCUCAAACCCUCCAAUCCAUUACACUUACCAAACAACAUGAACAAAGCAAGCGUCGCAAGAACUUUGAAGCUGGCAAAACACAAAUUAUCAGGACGGCCGACAAUGCCAAAGAUGAGCGCGAUAGACUAAAAGCUUUGAUUUCUGGUGUUGGCAAUUUGUCGUUUGGCAACAAAGGAAUUGCACAUAUCGACGAAGAUAGAAAGAGCACUUUGGAGGUCAUGAGCCGAUACUUGGAACAAUCCAAAUUCGACCCCUCGAUAUCCCCCUCUCGCCUCCGUGGAUUCGAGAGCACUCUUCACAAGAGGCUUGAUCAAGAAAGCGAACGAUUCCGCUUUGCCGAUCUCUACUAUCGUCUCCUCACCGAGUGGACAAAAGUCAACGGAGUCCCAAUUGAGGAGGCAAUAGAGACCGCAGAGGGCUUGGAAGGUUCUUUUGAGUAUGUGCACAAGUAUACGUUGCAGAACCUCAAAGAGCAGUUCAGCGACGUGGUUUUCACACCUCUCGAAACCGACGAAAUUGAAAUCGACCUGUAUCUCAACUCCAUGUUUUACGACGAUUAUGCCCGAGAUAGACUCAGGCUCCUACGUCAGAACAUCACGCUCGCAGCCGAGAAGCUGAAGACGGAAUCAAAUCCUUUCACCAAGUUUGUCGUUAAAGACUGCAUUGACGCCCUGAGAGCGUGCAGUCUAUUAAAUGAUGAUGCGAACAUGACUAUGCUCGAAUUCUCCAAGAAUGAUGACGUUCUUUGCGAGAUCACGGAUGUUCUCAACCUUCGUUUCGCAGAUUUAGAGAAUUGGUCUUGGGAAGCUGAUGAGGGCAUCUAUUACGAACCUCGUAAACAGAUAAACGGCAAGUAUCGCAUCAUGAUGGACGAAGACAUUCUUCAGGCCAUUUUUCUUCAUUACAUUGCUGGAAGCUGGUGUAUGAUAUUCAAAAAUGAGUUCACUGGUCUGGUCAACGAUGAACGAUGUUGGAAAACCCACGAGAAAGUAUCUCCCUACCAGAAAGCGCGGAACCUCUAUUUCUUUGGCGACAAGAUUGAUGGUUCUGACAUUAUGAGUAUUCUUGGGCAGCAGGAAAGAGAGUUGAAAUGGAGUAACCUUCUCUCGUCAUUGCCCGGAAGUCUUACACAUCAAGUCGAUCCUUACGGGGGCGAGGACUCACACGGAAUUAGCGCUGGUCUCGAGAUGCGCCAGAAGUUACUUCGACAAAUUGCUUCUGACGUCAUCAUCCGUCAAGAGUUGUACGGAGACGUUGCAGUCGUGCAGUCCGAUCUACAAUGGUACGCCACCAGCCUUCCCCACUCUACUAUUCUCGCCGUAAUGCGCUUCUGGGGCGUACCUGAAGACUGGAUAGCAUUUUUCAAGAAAUUUACCCAAGCACCAUUGCGUAUGGACCCCACCCCCGGCGAGAAUGUACGCAUUCGCAAGCGUGGUGUUCCUAUCAACAAUGCUUUUGAAAAUCUUUUCGGGGAAUGCGUUUUAUUCUGCAUGGACGUGGCUGUGAAUCGCUGGUCCGAAACACCACUAUUCAGAUUCCAUGAUGAUCUGUGGCUUUUUGGGGACCCUUCUACCUGUGCUCAUGCUUGGGAGACCAUUGAGAUGUUUGUUCGGGUUCUGGGCCUGGAUAUUAAUAAAUUCAAAACUGGGUCCAUAUACAUAGCAAAGGGCGAAAAGGACGCACAUUUGGCUUCGUUGCUGCCUGAGGGCCAGGUCUGCGUCGGCUUGCUACAAUUGACUGAUAAGGGUACAUGGGUCAUCGACCAAGAGCAGGUAUCUUCCCAUGUACGCCAGCUGAAGAAACAGCUGGGCAAAGCCACCAGUAUAAUAUCAUGGGUGCAAAUCUGGAAUGCGUGCAUGGGCAACUUUUUCCACGACGUUUUCGGACGGCCCGCGAAUUGCUUUGGAGAAGCUCACGUCGAUCACAUCCUGGAAACAUAUUCCCGCAUGCAACGCGCGCUCUUCGGCUCGCACAAUGGAAGCGUGACGGAAUACCUGCAAGAGAAGAUCAGCCAUCGAUUCGGCGUUGAUGAUGUGCCGGAAUCGUUCCUCUUCCUGCCCGAGGCAUGCGGCGGCCUAGGUCUGACCAAUCCUUUUAUUUCUUUCUUCUUGACCAGAAAGGAUCUCGAGAAGAAUCCACGGCAGUUGAUCAAAGACUUCCAGAAACAAGAGAAGAAAGAUUAUUUGGACGCAAAGAACGCCUAUGCUAAGCUAUCCGAGACACAGAGACACGACCGUUUCGUCAGUGCAUUCGGCUCUCCGCCGACCAACACCGCCAUACUCUCUGAACCAUUUCCACCAUUCUCUACGCUGACAGACAUUCGGCUCAACCACUCUGUGAAACUAUGGCGAGCAUACGAGAAACUAAUGCAAACACCCCAGACGCAAGGGGUUGAGCUCUCACAGGAAAACGCUUACUUGUUCAACGAACUGAAAGAGUCUCACGGGCUAAGCUACGAGCACAUGACUGAGGAAAAGUGGCUUAUGAACUUGUAUGCCGAUGAAUUGAGAGGCAAAUUUGGGAGCUUGAGCAUUGUUGACAAAAACAUGCUUCCAGAAGGGACGAUGAAGAUGAUCCGAGAAAGAAGAAAACCGUGGCAGUUGAUCCAUUGGGAUUGA